AUGGUACAGCCGAGGUGCCCGGUACGUCUGGACCUGAGACAUUCAUUACAACUCCACCUCAUCUGCACCGGUGACGCUCUCUCUCAGGUAGAGCCGGUCAGCACACCUGUAUACCACAUACACAACAAGCCGGCCUACCGGAAACGUGGUACGAUCCACUACUCUCCCUUCCCAACUCAACUACAACAAACUACAACCGUCUACCGUUCAACACCCGGCUUGGUGACAACAGGUCUAUUGUCAAAUAACAUGCGGCUCUCGCCAUUCGGUGCCCCGAACAGUCCCGGGUUAGUUUUCGUGGUGCUGAGUUUCGUCGUGCAGACGAGACUGAAGGUUCGGGGGCUUGAGGCCACGUCUGCCGCCGCCGGUACCGGUGCACACGCCGAGGACGAAAGAACAGACUACACUGCCGGGGCGGAGGAACUGAAGGUGGUGGAGGAUAACAUAUAUAGUGAGUGGAGCAUCUGGACAGCCUGUUCCAGGACAUGUGGCACAGGGGUGUCAUUCCAACAGAGGAAAUGUCUCACUGUCAAACGACUCAUACCAGUAGAUGAAGGCCACGUCAGCAGUGUGUGUAACGGAGGGAGAAGAAGAUACAGAACAUGCAAUCGACAGCCCAUAGGAUGUGACGGAGUUCUCUACUCAAGAAAGGCCUAUGACCGUUGUGGUGUGUGUGAUGGUGAGGGCGACACGUGUGAGGUCAUCAGGGGCACAUUCCAGGAAACUAUAUCCGCUUCCGGUUAUACGUCCAUUGUUCAGCUUCCUGUUGGCUCCAGGAAAAUAAACAUUAUUCAUCAGCGGACCAACGCAACAUAUCUCGCCCUCAGGAAUGACAGUGACGAUUUCUACUUGAACGGGGAUUUCGUCAUACAUCCCAGCCCCAAGUCUCUCGUAGCAGCGGGGACGGUACUGCAGUACACACGACAGGAGGGAGAGGGCGCUGUAGAAACCAUAACCUCCGACGGACCAACUACUGAAUCUCUGCACGUAUUGCUGCUCAGUGCCACAGCGAAUGCAUCGUCUGUGACAAGCUUCGAGUACACCGUUCCUAAGAAACCCGUCUUCAGACAAAUCACGGUACUGGGACCAUCUGGAGAAGUUCGCCCGCCAGUCAGAGUACUGUCGGAAGAAGAAGAAUUCCUUGGAGGGCCCUCAAGGGGACUUCCGAUAUACUUCAAACCACGAAGCGAAACAGAGACACCGAGGCGCGUCAUACAAAGAGCCAGAGCUUCAGCUGAAGAAGAUGAUGAAGUCCAGGCAUCUGAAGAUUCCCGUUCUGCGGUACCGGCGACAGUCUCCGCUCCUCUCACCAGACAACCGGCAGCUACGGCCAGCAGGCAAGAAAGCACUUCUAUCCCGAGCCAAAGCAUCACAACACCGGAUCCUAAAAAGUAUCACUGGAAACUGAACGGAAGAGUCACACCUUGUAGUACAACAUGCACACCUGAACUAGGCGUGGUGACGAAGUUUUCCAUCUGUGUGGAUAACGACAUGCGAGAGGUUCCGGAGGCAUUUUGUGAUGCCCGAAUGAAACCUACACCUUCUUUCGACUACUGCGUAGGAAAACCGUGCAAAGCAAGAUGGAUCACCAGUGACUGGACUGACUGUACUAAGACCUGUGGUAGCGGGACGCAGAAGCGGACGGUGCGGUGUUGGAAGGUGAUAUCCCGCGGGUUGGACACGACAGUUUACGAUGAGCUGUGCAACAGUACCGCCAAACCAUCGGCGACCAAGGAAUGUAAUUCUGAACCCUGCCCGCCGGAAUGGUGGAUCUCUACCUUCUCGGAGGAUGUCGACACUACAGACGGAAAUCAUACCAACGCCACUCUACCGGAUACGGAAUCAGAGUCAGGAUCUGGGUUAGCAUUAAAUCCGGAAUCGGAACCCGAGCCGGAUUACGAACCGACAUAUUUACCCGAAACGGAACCGGAAGCCGAGACGGAGGAAGAACUAGACGUGACUGACCUGGACGCGUGCAGGCGCGCCACCUGCGGCUGGCAGUGGGAAAUGUCGCCAUGGUCUCCGUGCUCUGCGCAGUGCGGCCCCGGGACGAUGACAAGAGAAGCCCGGUGCUACACGGAGACGGACCCGUGUGAUCCUGUCCGUAAGCCGCUGACCGAGAGGGUGUGCGACAACGGCCCGUGUCUGGAGACGUCCUGGCGGGAGACCUCCUGGGGACAGUGCUCGACAACGUGUGGACCUGGGCAGCAGCGGCGGAAGGUUAUCUGUGGAGGCGUGAUUAACCGUCAUUUCCGGGAGUUCCGUGGUGAGAUCUGUAACCUGGACUACAAACCAGUUGAGACUCAAAUCUGUAACGAGAUGGACUGUCCGGCAACAUGGUUCGCUUCUCCCUGGGGCCCGUGCAGCACCACGUGUGGAGCAGGAGUACGGGGACGGGAGGUGGUGUGUUACCAUGGAGACCAGACCUCCACGUCAUGUGACCCCGACACCAUGCCCGUCAUCAAAAUGUCCUGUAUGAACACGCCCUGUCCCAGGAGUGAAGAUGAAGUCAACGACAACUGCACUGAUAACUCAGCAGCCAAUUGCGAACUGGUGUUGCGAGUGAACCUGUGCGGCCAUUGGUACUACAAGAGGGCCUGUUGUCAUUCGUGCAGCAGAGUUCCAACAACAACCAGCCCGCCGGACACCGUCAUGGCCGCCAGCGCCAACUCAAGGACGCAGCGGCGGCGAAAAACACGCAUGCGGAGUAGACUAAGUUUCCAUGGCGACGAUUUCAGGCGUCCAUAGCGAGGCUUUUAGGGAGUUUGCACUCACGUGACUAUCACGUGACACAUUG